AUGCUCGCGGAAAAUUUUUCAGACGAAUUCAAUUUAUUUGAAUCAAUUGAUGCGACAAUGAAGGAGGGUCCACGUUGUGUCGAGCAUUAUGAACCCAUUAUCGAUAAUCUGAACCGAUUGUUUCAAAGGACAUUUAAUGAUGAAGGCCACAGGAAAUCCAUGGCUGACUCCCAGCCUUUUUGGGAGCGAUUAAGGGACACAUUGCAAGGGAUGCUGUUGCCUCAACCUUUAAAUGAAGAUAGCUCAAUACCAUAUACGAGAACAGUGAGAGGUCUAAUCUUAUUGAUGAGAAACCUUGCUGCAGAAAAUCAGGAGAUUCCUCAAAAGCUCUUACUGCAAAAUCUCGUAAUACGUGGUUUUUUGCAUACAGUUAGUGAGUAUGUAGCUGUCACACCAUUAAUCAAACACUUGUACAUUGCAUGCCUAACAUGCCUUUACAACAUACAGCAAAAUUAUUCUACAGUAGAUAUGUCUACUUUCCCAGCUCUUCUGGAAUUUUUUCAAUACCCCUAUGGAAUGGAAUUCGAAGAGGGCGAAGAAGAGGAGCACUUUUGGUUGCCAUAUCUGUUUCUUUUCAAAACAUAUCUCAAUAAUGACGAAUUUUCUAAUGAAUUCUUUAGGGAUAAUGAUACAACUCAGGACAACUAUUAUUGUCCGAGAGAUAGGAUUUUUUUUGACAUAAUUACCACCAAAUUUAUCCAAGAUCAAGACGAAUCCUUUUUAGUUGAAAACGGCAGGAGCUAUUUGGACGAUUCAAAGCUGAAAGUCACUUCUACUGACCUGUCUGUUUUGGACUGUAUUAGCAAAAGUCUUACAAGCGCAUCUUUUGGUAAAUACCUACAUGGGUUAGAAAAUAGGCAGCCGGAAAACUUCACUAAACUGUUGCAGGUAUUGCAAUUGAUUGUAACGAGUAAAGAAGAUUGGAAUAAAUACGAAUUGACGGCAAUUAUGUCGUGGUGUCAUCCCAUUUUGCAACAUAUUGCAUCUAAAGAUAUCCCUGCCUUUUUCAAAAAGAGUACCAACGAUUACGCCGCUUCAGUUGCUAUUCAGUUACAUUCCACGUUACUCUGUUGUUUGGAUAUGAUUUCUGACUUGUGCAAAUUCGAUCAUGUCAGAAAAUUUUUGAUAUCAUAUAACUCUGUUGAAAUAUUGAUAUCCUUAUUGGAUGUAUUGCAAAAGAAUUUAUUGAGAAUCAAUUUUUUGAAGGGGAAUAGUGAGACAGAAAAUGACGUCAAAAUUACAGAUUAUCAAGGCAAUAAAAUCGAAGACCGACUGUUGAUCUUCAGCCGUGUUAGUACCAAUUCCCUCUACAUCCGGGCUGAUAAUUUCCCCAAUUGUAAACUAGUAAUAAUUGAAAUAUUAGCGUCACUAGUAUACGCACAUCCUGAAAUACAAGAUCAAAUAAGAGAAUUGGGUGGUCUUGCACUGAUUCUUUCCAAUUGUGUUAUUGACGAUAACGAUCCGUUCAUUAAGGAAAGAUCUAUUGUUUGUUUAAAGUUUUUAUUGAGGAAUAAUGCCAAGAAUCAAGAAUAUGUCAAAAAAAUGGAAGCACAGGACGUGGUUCAAGAUGACGCAUUGUGUAAGGCAGGAUUUGAAAUAUCUGUGGAGAAGGGUGGAAAAGUAAGAUUAGUAUCCAAAAAAGAGGACCACGAAAACGAGAAUUCUAAGGUUAUUAGCGUGGAUGAAGAUUAA